UGUAGUUACUUUUUAAAGUCCCAUAAACCCACAUCAGUUCACUGCCAAAUCCAAAAAAUCCAGCCCUAAAUUGCAAGUUCUGAGCAUCAAUUACAAGGAUUCAAGUUGGGUUUGUUCAAAGUACGUACGUUCCAGCCGUUGGCCGAAAUCUCCACUGUCGAGAAACCAAGGUAACGCCUCCAUUCUCUCUUGCAGCGAACUCUGCCAUUUCCAUCUCUUUUCUCACCUCUCCUACAUCACCCAAUCGUUAAACCACACAUCUAUCUCUCACAAAACCCUCAUCCCACUGCCCUAAACCAGUCCAAAAAUACCUACAUUGUCUUCUUUCUAUUCUGCCCUCUGGAGCUGCGCAAGGAGACGAGCUGCCUUCUGGACCUCCGGCGACCUCGGCUCAGGUUGCUGUGGUUGGCUAUCUUUUUGGAGGUUUUCUUAUUGAUAUUGUAGUUUUCUUUCAGUUCAUAAGGGCAUAAGAUGGAUAGGAGUUGGAUGGAAAUUCGUAAUAGAAGGCACCCUUUGUACAUUGAAGGAGUCAAAGAAUUCAUCAAAUUUGCGAUUGAUCAUAUGCCACCUAGUGAAACUCUCAUUUGGUGUCCAUGUAUAAGAUGCAACAAUUUCAACAAGAUGACUCCUGAUGAAGCUGAAGAACAUAUGUAUGCGUGGGGGGUAGUGGUGGCGUAUAAUCGAUGGGUUUAUCAUGGGGAAGAAUUUGAUCAAGAAAAUAAUGGUCAGGGUAAUACUAACAUUGAAGAAGAGGGCAUCACUGUGGAUGCAAUGCAAGAAAUACUUGAUGAUGUACGUGCAGAACAAUUCACAAAUGAUUGGACGGGUUCCUCUGCUACAGGCCAUGGUCCGGACAUGUCUAAUGACUUACUAGGGGAAGGGAACAAAUUUGCAAGGUUAAUGAGGGAUGCAGAGAAGGAACUUUACCCUGGUUGUGAAAAGUUUUCAGUUUUGUCUUUCAUUAUGAUGUUGCUCCAUAUAAAGUUAAUUAGCAAGUGGAGUAACAACUCAUUUGAUAUGUUACUCAAACUACUAAGUGAUGCAUUUCCUCCUGGAGCUACAAUCCCAAGAACUUAUAGAGAGGCAAAGAAAGUGAUUCGAGACUUAGGCCUUACCUAUAAGAAGAUACAUGUUUGUAAGAAUGAUUGCGUACUCUUUUGGAAAGAUUAUGAAUUUGAAGACAUGUGUCCAUCUUGUCAGACACCAAGGUACAAGGAGGAGGUCCAAAAGGGAAAGAGUAAAGGGGUUCCUCACAAGGUAUUAAGGUAUUUUCCUGUCAAACAAAAACUAAGGAGAUUCUUUGGGUCAAGAAAGAUAGCUGAGGAUAUGACAUGGCAUAAGGACAAGCGAGUUGAGGAGGAAGGAGUGAUGCGACAUCCUGCUGAUUCUUUAACAUGGAAAGAUUUUGACCAGAAACAUGAGUCAUUUGCUAGUGAUCCACGCAAUGUAAGGCUUGGGUUGGCAAGCGACGGUUUUAAUCCAUUUGGAAGUAUGAGUAAUUCCUAUAGUGUGUGGCCUGUAAUUCUUGUCCCAUAUAAUUUGCCACCAUGGAAAUGCAUGAAGGAUCCAUUUUUCAUGUUGACUCUUCUAAUUCCUCGGCGUAAGUCUCCUGGAGUGGACAUCGAUGUGUUUUUAAGGCCAUUAAUAGAUGAGUUAAAAGAGCUUUGGAGUAUAGGUGUUGAUACAUAUGAUGCGGUUACAAAGCAAAUUUUUCAGUUGCGUGCUGCAUUGUUAUGGACCAUCAAUGACUUACCUGCCUAUGCUAAUUUGUCUGGUUGGAGCACCAAAGGAAAGCUAGCUUGCCCUAAUUGCAACGAGGAUGCAUCUCAUCAAUACUUGCAUAAUGGAAAAAAGACUUGUUACAUGGGACAUAGUCGAUUCUUACCAAUGGACCACCCAAUGCGAAAAAGUAAUCAUACUUUUGACGGUAAAGCCGAGCAUAGGCCAGAACCAAAAUUCUUAUCCGGAGAAGAUGUGGUUGCUCAAUUGAAUCGUCUAGUGCAAACAAUUUUCGGAAAAGUAGAUGAACGGGGUGAAAUUAACGAGAUCGAUCUUUGUGACUGUUUUUUUGGUGAUAUUUGUGUGUGCAUUUGGGCCCUUGUUCCCCCCAACAGAAUGUCGUUUAGUGUUUUGUUUACCUUUCAUAUCUUCAAUGCUCAACAUUUAAUCAUUGAUAUCAUUGUGGCAAAGGAAAUGAGUGGAACAUUCAAGCUAACUGCAAGAAAUUUAUAUGGCGCAACGUGA